ACGUGGCAUGCUAUGCAACUCAGAAAUGAUAAGGCAACGCGCGGCCUUGGGCUUCCAACCAACAAUACUGUAUCUUGUUAGCUUAAUAUAUAUGUUUGUCUUUGCCGAGACCGCAUCUCUUCUUUACUUGGCCGAAUCUGUCUGCUUAUCGAAAUGGCGGCAGAAGCUGUGUUUCGAAGAAGCCCUACACCUACUCCAUGGAAAUAUCCUUCCUCAACAAAUAAAAGGUCGAAAACUAUUCAGUUUUUGCACUUCACCAUUCGUGCUUCUCAUUCCAUCGAUGACAAGAACAAGGCCUACAAGCAACUCGAAGAUUGAAGAUGUCAUUCUCCGAGCUGAGAUGUUGGCACCGACUGCUUUGGAACUUGAAGAGUCAAGGAGAAUAAAGCAAGAAGAGAUGGUACGCGAUUACGAUCUAUGGAAUGACCCGGCUAAAUCCAACGAAAUCCUUGUCAAGUUGGCUGAUAGUGUCAAAGUGGUUGACGCUCUCAAAGAUCUGAAGUACAAGGCUGAAGAAGCCAAGCUGAUUGCGCAAUUGGCUGAAAUAGAUGCAGUCAAUUACAGUCUCUUUGAGCAGGCAUAUGAUGCAUCUUUGGCUAUUAAUGAUUUGUUAGAUAAAUAUGAGGUAUCUAAGCUCCUUAGAGGUCCAUAUGAGAUGGAAGGGGCAUGUGUCAUUAUUAAAGCUGGCUCCGAAGGCAACAAAUCCGAGGAGUGGGCUGAACAACUUCUUGGCAUGUAUAUCAAGUGGGGGGGAAAGCAAGGGUAUAGGGGUAGAGUGGUUGAGAAGAACCUUUCUACGAAUGGUGGUGGUAUCAAGUCAGCAACUAUCGAGUUUGAAUUCGAUUAUGCUUAUGGUUUUCUUUCAGGAGAGAGAGGCAUCCAUUGCAUGAUAAGAAGUUCGCAAAACGGUUCCGUUCACAAUGAGGUUAGCUCAGUAGGUGUUGAUGUCGUCCCUCUAUUCCUUGGAACAACUCCUGACCUCCAAAUCGGUGAUGAUGAUUUGAUUCUUUCGUCCACUUUGUCGGCUGGAGAAAAACAUGGCCGAAGGGGAUAUACAGUCUGUGUUCAGCAUAUCCCUACUGCUUUAACUUUUCAAUCUUCAGGUGAGAGGAGCUACUUUGCUAAUCAAAUCAAAGCCCUCAAUAGGUUAAAGGCCAAACUUCUUGUGGUAACAAACGAGCAAGGAGUCUCCAGUGUAAGUAGCAUCAAGGGGGGCGCCUCUGUUGACAUCUGGCAAAAGGAGACCCGAAGGUACAUGUUUCACCCCGGCAAGUUAGUGCGAGAUGUAAAAACCGGCCUUGAAUUGCCCGACCUAAAUUCUGUUCUGGAUGGAAAUAUUGAACCCUUUAUUGCAGCUUACAUCAACACUAGACAAUCAAAUUUUACAUUCUAAACUCACAUCGCAUGCUUGUA